AAAAUAAGCGAGAUAUAUUCAUUUGCGUGUUGGUUAUAUAAUGAGCAUCUAUAUAUCGUAUCUUUUAAGUUGCCGGGUAUAAAACGGUAACUGCCACAGGCCAGUGCCAGCUCUCAACAAUGCAGCAACAAACCCACCACCAAGCUCUCCUUCUCAUUCCAAAAUUGGUGAAAAAGCCGCCUCUCAAAGCUCUCUCGCUCUUCAAUUCCUCAAUUCAUCAAGGCUUUCACCCCACUCACCAGUCCAUUUCCUUUAUUCUUCACCACCUUCUUAGCUCCAACAUGCUAUCCCACGCCCAAUCUUUCCUUCUCCAAUUGAUCUCUAAUCGAAUUUCCUCUCCUUUCUUCACUGUUUCAUCUCUUCUCCACCAUCUAACACAACCAAUCUCUUAUCCAAGCCCAAUAAUGGGUGCCUUCCUCUAUGAAUCAAUCAUCAAUGCUUAUGUUCUAUCUCGCUCAAUAGAGCAAGCUCUGUUCUAUUUUAAUCAAAUGGUUGAUAAAGGCCUUGUCCCUAGACCCAAUACUUUCAAUUGUCUUUUGGAUUACCUUGUUAAAUCUAGCUGUUUUGAGAGAUCGUGGUUAUUUUUUCAUGAAUCAAAGGAAAAGGUUAAGUUGGAUGUGUAUAGUUAUGGGAUAAUGAUCAAGGGUUGUUGUGAGGCUGGUGAUUUGAAUAGAGGUUUUGAGCUAUUGGUUCAAUCAGAGGAGAUGGGAUUUUCCCCGAAUGUUGUCAUAUAUACUACAUUAAUUGAUGGGUGUUGUAAGAAUAAAGAUGUUCAAAGAGCAAAACAGUUGUUUUAUAAGAUGGGAGAACUGGGUUUGGCUGCUAAUCAGUAUACUUACACAGUUUUGAUCAAUGGGUUCUUUAAGAAGGGACUUAAAAAAGAUGGGUUUGAGUUAUACGAGAAGAUGCAGCUUGAUGGGGUGCUUCCUAAUUUAUAUACCUAUAAUUGUAUGAUAAAUGAGUGCUGCAAUGAAAGAAAGAUAAAUAAAGCUUAUGAACUGUUUGAUGAAAUGUGUAAGAGAGGUGUGACAUCUAAUGUUGUUACCUACAAUACCUUGAUUCGUGGGUUAUGUAGAGAGAUGAGGAUUUGGGAGGCUGAGAAUUUGGUGGGUCUAAUGAAGAGAGCUAGCAUCAACUCGAAUUUAGUCACAUAUAACACUCUAAUACAUGGGUUUUGUAGUAUCGGAAGGUUGGAUAAAGCUUUGAGUUUGUUUGACCGUUUGAAGUCAAAUGGUAUAUCUCCAUCUUUGGUAACUUAUAAUGUUCUGAUCGAAGGAUAUUCUAAUGCUGGAAACUGGGUGCGUGUCACUGAUUUUGUGAGGGAGAUGGAGGAGAGAGGCAUUUCUCCUUCUAGAGUGACAUAUACCAUUUUAAUUAAUGCCCAUGCUCGGUUUGAGGACAUGGAGAAAGCCUUUCAUUUUUAUUCCUAUAUGCAAAAGGUUGGCUUGGUUCCUGAUGUCCACACCUAUGGUGUGUUAUUACAUGGGUUGUGUAUGAAAGGGAAAAUGAAUGAAGCAUCGAAACUGUUUAGAUCAAUGGCUGAAAUAAAGAUGGAACCCAGUGACGUGAUCUUCAAUACGAUGAUUAAUGGUUACUGCAAAGAAGGCAGCUCUUUCAGGGCCUUGAGAUUGCUCAAAGAAAUGGAGGACAAGGGAUUGGUUCCAAAUGUGGCUAGCUAUAGUUCUACCAUUGGAGUUCUAUGCAAGGAUGGUAAGUGGCAAGAGGCUGAGGUCUUACUAAACAAGAUGAUGGAAUUGGGAUUAAAGCCACCAAUUUACAUCUAUAACAUAAUCUCCGAAGCCAAAUAUGGCAAAGAGUUGAGGACUUGAAACACUCCUGUUGGAAGUAGAAGAAAAAAUGGGAAGUGGAGAGAAAACAUCAGCCUUCUUAUGACUUAAGUUGAUAGCCUAAAACUGUCAUUGCUGAUGUAUAUUCGAAGAGAUCCAUAGGAAGAGUUACUUUGUUAUAUCCACAAGACACUACAUAUCUUUGGUCUGGAGAAACUUCUGAAAACUGGCUCAAGAAUAUUGAGGAGAAAUUCACUUAUUGUUGGAUGAAGUAUUCCAGUUAAGUGGGCGUCAAAAUAAGUUUGGAAGUCUGCCUCAUAGAGUAUUGACAGACACUAUUUGGCAGAUAAGCAACUGAUUAUAGGUCGGAACUUGGAACUUCUCCAAUUUUGCUGCAAAAUUAAUGCAGAAAACCAUGAGAACGAAAGUAUUCCAACGGCUAAAAUCUCUUUGAGUGAGGCUAUUGGUUGCGGGGAAAAAGCAAAAUAAAAAAGUCAACUGCGUCAAAUAAUCCAGAUCUUUGGCUGGGACACUUGGACGGUGAAAGCUGCUCUGUCCAUGUCAAACCGCACAGGUACGGGUCAAACCCCGGUUAUGAGCUCUUCCCGACCCGAAAUGAAUCGUUCCGACCACCCGGGCCUUGCUGCCGAUACGCUCUCUGAUCCUCUCCUUCAAAACGGCUCCUUUAUCGACGCUAGCAACCUUUCGGCCAGCGCGCAGACCACAAUCAAAAACAGAGACGGUCACCAAGCGGCUUCAGCGAAUGGUGUGGAUAGUUCAAGACGGCGACGCCGAUUAAAUCGAGGAAAAAAGUACUGGUGAUGAUGUCGCCGGGGACGUCGGAAUCGGCGAAUUGGUUGCCUCCGGGAUGGAUAGUUCAAGAUAGGGUUAGGACCUCUGGUGCAACGGCUGGCACGGUAGAUAAGUGCAAUUGAACACAAGGAAUGCUCUCUAUCUUGUGCAGUAUUACAUUGAGCGUGUAUCAGGUCGUCGAUUCAGGUCCAAGAAAGAGGUGCAGUAUUAUCUGGAAACAGGAACCUUGAAGAAUAAAAAAAGAGGAACAGAGAAUUCUGAAGGCGGCACAGGGUUCUGGGAGUCACAGCAACAAGAAGGCUAGCAAGAAUGCAAGGCGUCCUGAAAUGAAGUUUGAUUAUUUGAAUGUGCCUGAUAGAAU